GACAGUCCUCCCAGUAGCGCAAAGUAAUAAAGAACUAGUCAUGUCUCCUCGCGUUUAUUACUGUCACAAAAAAUACCGAAAAAGGACGGGUAAAGCAUGGGUGCAAAGGUCCAAACACCCGACUGUAUACACACAGGCCUGAAAUCUAGGAGGGUUCUGCAGCAGCACGCAGUUCUAUUUUUGGCAGGUCGUCGUCGGAAAAGUUCCCGCUUCUGGGGUUUUAAACAGGCAGGUACAUCGUCGUCGUCCCUUACUUUAUAUAUAUGUGUGUGUGUUUGCGUGUGUAUACAUAUACAAAGAGGCUUUUAUGUAAUAUCGUAUAGCUGUGGUCUAUGUAUUCCAAUAUGUUCGUUCACUUUACACCUCCACCGGAAGAAGGUGGAAAGUAUUUAUUUGGGAAAGGUCAAAAAGGAAACGAAAGCCAGCAGAUCGGCUCUUCUGAUUUAUAAAAUAAACCAACAGCAAAACGAUCUUCAAAGAAUAGCACCACCACCACCACCACCACUAUCCGCAAACACUAGAAGCCGCACAGAGUGGUGUUAUAGUAAGCUGUGCUAAAUAUGUGGAAAUAAAAGGGAAGGAGGAGGAAGAGGAGGGAGCGAAGG